GUGAGGUUCUCUGUUUGAAUAAUUUGAUAACACCAAUUUCUGUUCGCAAGAAAAGGGAAACAGCGUGGGAUUUACAUUUUUAUCCUUGCACGUUUUAUUUGUGACAUUUUGUAAACGAGACUCGUGCAACAGUUCAAGGCAUACUGCAGACAGGUGGGCUUCCAAACAUGGAGUCAAGGCUACUGAUUGGCUGGCGGCAAGAGAAGGAGCAGCUUAAACAGGAGGUGUUUCGGCUGCAGGAGGAGUUGGCAGAGAGUCGAGCCGAAAAAGAGGAGCUGGAAUCCAGGAAUAGAGCUUUGAAGGACAGGCUGUGCCAGACAUUGUCUCCCUCGCUUGCUCUCUCUCUGCGAUUGGAGGCUGAGCAGAGGAAAUGGAAGAAAAUGAUGAGGGAGGGGAGAGAGAAGGAAUUCAGGCAGGCCCUGCUGAUCCAUGGGCUGCAGAACAAGGUGUUGGAGUACAGAGGCCGAUGUCAACAUUUGGAGCUUCAACUGCAGGAUUAUCACACACAGAUGCUCAGCACUGAGCAGAGGAUCAUAGAUGGACACAGUGACUCUCUGGAGAGCACCCUCAUCAGGCUGGAGGAACAACAACAGAGGUCAGUUAGUUUAGAAGACACCAACAAUCUCCUCUGCAAACAACUCAUUCAAUCAGACCAGGCCAACCAAGCACUAAGGGAGGACCUCCAGAAGCUGACAGUUGAUUGGAUGAAAGCCGUGGAGGAGGCAGAGCAGCGAGAGGCUGAUUUGCAGAAAGCGAGAGAGUGUUGGUUGGGUCAUGUGGGUGAACAGCAGGCUCGGUUGCUGUCUGUUUGGAGAUCUGUGGUUGCUCUGAGACGUGACUGUUACACUAUGAAAACGUCUGCUGACAGGGAUCUGUGGCAGCUGAGGGCUGAGUUUUCCCGUCUUUCAUCCACGCUCCUCUCCACCUGUGACUCUGUCUCCUUCUCUCUGAGCCUCAGCGAUCUUUACAUUAAUCCUCUUUCCUUCUCCUCUGAGUCUCCCCCUUUUCUCACCUCUGACUUCCUUCCCUUUUCAUCUUAUUCUUCUCCUCCUCUGUUGUCCUCCAAUCUGGCCCUUCCUCCUCCGGACUCUUCUGCACCUCCCCUCAUCUCAUCAUCCACAAUGGGAACCUUGUCCUUGGGAGAGCUGGAGCACAAAAAGAAGAUGGUUGAGGAAAGGAGGGACGAGAGAGAGCGAGAGAUUUCAGAGGUGAAACUUGCUAGUGAGACGCGAGUUUUGCAGCUGCAGCAAAGGAUUGAAGCUCCCUCUUGCUCACUGCAGGCUGAGGCCAGUCUGAGGGAGGAGAGAGAGAGGGAGGCUGAGAGACAUAGAGUAAUACAGAGAAGCCUGCAGUCUGUGAGUCAUGCUGUGAUCAAACUGUCCAGAGUCCUGAGCAGCACCAGUCAGUCUGUAAACAUCUCCUCAGAAGGUGUCCUCAGCCUGGAUCUGUCCUCCUUGCUGUCUGUCCUAUCUCAGACGGAGAGUGCCCUUCAGAGGAGAAAUGAGGAACUACAGAGGGCACAGCGAUCACUGCAGCAGCUUGAUGAGGAAAAAACAGCCCUGCACCUCCGACUGAAGCAGCUAGAGGAUGACAACCAGCAGCCACACGCACAAACCCGGCACAAACAGCAGGAGCUUGCACGCACUCUGGACGUACUGAGCAGAGAGAAGGAGACGCCAUCCUUCUUGCGUCCGCAGGUUGAGGAGGUGAGAGAGGAGGAGUUGAAGAGGGAAAAUAACAGACUGAGAAGGGAGAGAGACAAACAGGAGGAGAGAAACAGAGAGCUGGAGUCAGAAACACACAGACGAGUUGAGACUGAGCUGUUAGAGAACAUCCAGCUGUCAGAGCGGGACACUCUGCAACAGAUAGAGAUUUACAAUCUGAAGGGGUCACUAGAGAGAGAACAGUUGGACAAGCAGAGGGCAGAGGAAGAGGCAUCUGAUCUCAGAGAUGCCCUGCAGAAGUCCAGGGAGGAUGUGUUGCAUCUGUUGUCCUCAGAGAGUGUAUUAAGACAGGAGGUGGAAGAGGGACGGGAUGCUUUAGAGAAAAUGGCUGCCCUGAACUCUGCUUUGGCCUUAGACAAGAGAGAUCUGAACAAGCAGCUGCAGCAGCUGGAGUCUGAGCUGUCAGACUACCAGUCACAGCUGCUGGCUCUGAGAUCACAAGUCAGCUCUCUGCAGAGAGAAGUCAAAACCCUAAACAUGGACUGCAGCAAGCUCAGAGUACAGAGAGAGGCUGAGGCAAAAGUGGUUCAGCAGCUGAGAGAACGAGAGACAGAGCUGGAGGGAAUAUUGGAGGAAAAGGGGAGAGAGAUUAUCUCCUUAGUUGAGGAGCGACAGGGGGCUGGACAGCAGUUGGAGGAGCUGUCCUUUCAGCAUGCCUUGGUGUGUGGGGAGCUGAAGGAGGUGCAAGACAGGCUGGGCCAGGUGAUGGAGGAGGUGAAGAGCAGGGGCAUACAGCAGGAGGAGAAGCACAGAGAAAACAGGAGGCUGCAGGAGGAGCUGGAUACCCUGCGGAAACACAGGGAGCAGCUGGAGGUUGAUCUACAGGAGCUCCAGUCUCUGUCAGUGUCUCUCCACCAGCAGCUUAGCCAGCAGCAGAAGCAGCUCUCACAGUUGGAGGUGGAAAGAUGUCAGCUGCAAACACACAUCCAAACUCAACAGCAGGCCAAAGACACCUUACAUGGGGAAAUCAUGUGUCUGAGAGGUGAGCUGGAGCAGAUGUUGGCCAGGAGAGAAGAUGAGAAGAACAGGAGGAAAAUGAGUGAGGAGGAGAGGGAGGUUCUGCAGGAGGACAUGAAGAGGCUGACAGAAGAAAUGGAGAAACUGAGAAAAAGAAGAAAAAAGGAGGAAGAGGAGAGGAAGGAAGAGAGGGAGGCCUGGCAGAAAGAAAGAGUGUUUAUGAGUGAGGAGUUGGGGACAAGAGGCGGAGAGCUGGAGGUGCUGAGGAAGUGCAUUGAGGGACUGACUGAGGAAGUGGAGGAGAGGCAAAGAAAGGAGGAGAAAAUGAGAAAAGAGGUAAUGGAGGGGAAGACUCACAUCUCUCUCAUGAUGGAGAGAAUACAUCAGCUGGAGGGAGAGAAGGUGAAACUGGAAGAGAAAGUAAAGAGGAGGAGAGAAGAGGAGAAGCAGAGGGACAGAGAAGUUGAGAUGCAGGGAUUAGAAAGGGAGGAGAAGAGAGAAGAGGUUGACCAGUUGAGGAUGGAAGCUGAGGAGGUGGGGAGAUGGCAGGUGAGGGUGGAAGAAGAGGAGGAAAAGAUUAACAGACUGAAAACCAAAAUCUCAAAAUUACAGGGGGACAAAGAGGAUGAAAGGAGAAAGAAAGAGAAACUGCAAGAGCAAAAGGAGGAAGUGGUGGUGAAGCUACUUGAGAAGCUAAAGGAAAAAUCAAUGGAGGUGGAGCUGCUGAGGGUAAAGCUGAACAUGGCCAGUGAGGAGAUGAAGGGGGAGGUGGAAUGCAAGGAGCAGAGCCUGGAACAACAAAUAAGUGCUGUGAGGGAAAUAGAGGAAGAAGUGGAUGAACUGAAGGAAUGCCUGAGGCUGGUCAGUAAAUGGAAUGAGGAAGGAGAGAGGGAGCAGGAGGUGAAUGCCAGACUAAAGCCAAAGGAGGUAAGAGAUGAGAACUUGGAGCUGCUGGUCAUGGAAACUCAGGUGCUCGUGGAGAAAGAGAGGAGGCAAGGUACAGAAAAAGAUGACAGGAUCUUCUCCCAGGUUAGGGAGCUACAUGAGGUAUGGACCAAGAGUGAGGGAGUAAGGAAAAGAGCCAGUAAAAGAGAGGAAGCCCACCACAGUCUGCCAGAGGACAUAAAGGAGUGGCAUGAAAAAGCAGAAUACAGCAAGAGUGAGGCAGCAAAUCUCAACCAUAUCUGUAUGGAGCGAGAGGAAGAGGCGCAGCAGUUAAGAGCAAUGCUAGAUCAGAAGGAAGAGGAGGGAAAAGAAUGGGAGGCAUUUAGUAGAACUGAGGAAGAAAAGAGGAGACUGCAAAGCAAGGUGAUAGAGGUAGGGGAGGAGAAGAUGAGUUUGGCAGAGAAAGUUAGGGAGGUUGAGGAAGAGAAAGAAGCAUUGGGGAGAGCUUGGGACAAGAUGAGGCUGGAGAACAAAUUGUCCGAAAUAGAAAGUGAUGUAAAGGAUCAAAGCGAGGCGCUGAGGAAGACAGUGGAGGAAAAAAGGAGACUGGAGACCAUGCUAAAGGAAGUUCAAGGGGAGACGAAAAGAAAAAUGGAUGAGCUGAAGAGGGUGAGGGAAGAGAAUAAAAGGCUUGAGGAUAAGUUGAUAGAAAAAGAGAAAGAAGUGGCUGAACAGAGGGAGGUGCAGAGGAUUAAAGAGAAGGAAAUGAAAAGGCUAAAGGAUGAAUUAAGGGAUGUGAAAGAGGAUCAAGGGAGGUUGUUGAACACUGAGCAAGAUCGACAUCUUCUCAUGGAAGAAAGAGUGAGAUCUAGAGUGAGACAGCUAGAGGAGGAGAAGGCAGAACUACCAGUGGAACUGACAAGCAGGGAGAGGGAGGUAACAGCUCUGAGGGAGGAGGUGCAGAAAGAGAGGGCUGAGGAGUUAAGGCAGGAGAAAGAGGAAAUGUUUCUUCUUAGAGAGGAGGUAAUUAAGAAACAAAGAGAGAAGAAUGAUAUGCUGGACAGGCUGAGAAGCUCUGAGGAGGAGGUGACGAGUCUCAGAGAGGAGCUGAAAAGGGAACAAAGAGAAAAGGUGGAGGUAAAGGAGAAAAUUACAGCCCUCAAAGAGAAAAUAAGGAAAAGGGAGGAGGAGAGGAGUUUCAAGGACCUGAGAAGUAAGGAGACCCAGGUGGAGUGUAGACAGACGGAAGAAGUACAGGAGGAGCUGAGGAUGACCAAGAAUGAGUUCAUGGUCACUACUAAAGAAAAGGAACAAAAUGAGAAACAACAUAUUAAAAAUAAGUUGAUGAGGAAAGAGGAGGAUAUGUCAUCUCUUGGGGAGGAAGUGCAGAAGGAGAUGGAGAGAAGCAAGAUAGAGAUGUUGGUGCUUAGAGACAAGGUGCAACCAGAAAAAAGGGGGGAGGCCGCAGCACAGGAUGAGCUGAUAAAAAGUAGAGAAGAGGUGCUAUCUCUCAGAGAGAUGCAAGGAGAGGAGAUACAGGAGAAGCUGAGGAGGACCAAGAUUGAGUUGGUCAUUACAAAAGAGCUGCAAGAGGAACAAAAUGAGAAGGAGCAAAUAAAAGAGACGUUACAGAGGACAGAGGAAGCGGAGACAGCUCUCUCUGAAGAAAUGCAAAAGAAAGAGAGAAGCAAGAAGGAGGCCUUUCUUAGAGAGGCGGUACAAACGGAACCAAGAGAGCAGAAACGAGCACAAGAUGAGCUGAUAAACAGGAAAUAUGACAUUACCUUGCUUGGUGAGGAUGUGCAGAAGGCGUGGAGGAGGAAGGAGGAGGAGCUGAGAGGAGUGCACCAAAGUAUUGAAGUGGUGGUGCAGAACCUCAACUCCUUGCAGAGUCAGCUGUCUGAUCAGAGUUGGAGCAGGGAGCAAACAAGGCAGGAGGAGGCGAAGCAGCAGAUGAAGGAGGGCCUGAGGGCUGUGCUGAUGGAGAUGGCCAAGCUUAAAGGCCUUCUGCAGCUGUACACUCUGAGUCAAAGGACAGAGGAGAUGGAGAAGAACAGAGAUCGAACCAAAUUAGCUCCAGAACAAACAGAAGCUAUGAUUGGCUACAGAGAGGGAGCCCACCAAAAGAACUGGAGCCCAGUGGGAAGGUCUGAUACAGAGAGUUUGAGGGAGAGACUGGUGGCCCUGCAACAGCUGGUGGCUGAACUGGAACUGGACCAGAAACAACUGAAUAAGAAAAACUUGCAUCUGGAAAAUCAGAAAGACAAACUGAAGAGAGAGACAGACACACUGAGAGACACACUGCAACAGGUACAGUACAAACAAUGA